AUGGGUGGUGGUCUUUUCAUCGUGGAUGCGCUAACCGAUCAUUCGCCUAGGCGAUUCUGUCGCGCGAUGGACACGCUAGUACGAAUUGUGGUGCUUUACAAGUACGCCACCCCCGAAACACCGGAGGAGUACCGUCAGCUACAUCGUCGGUGUGCCGAGCUUCUCCUCCACCUAUGCCUUAAGAACGAGGGGUUCUACAUCAAACUCGGGCAGGGGUUGAACUCCAUGAGCCAUGUGCUUCCCCGCGAGUUCACCCACACGUUGAGCGUCCUGCUCGACCAGGCAAACCCCGUCCCCUUCGCAGAGAUCCGGCGCUGCAUCCGGGACGAGACGGGGUGCGAGAUCGAGGAGCUUUUUGAGCGCUUUGAAGAGAAGCCCGUGGCGUCCGCCUCGAUCGCGCAGGUCCACCGCGCGCGGAUCCGGCCGAUCGACGGGAACGGCGCCGCGCGGGAGGUGGCCGUGAAGGUGCAACGGCCCUGCAUCCGCCGCCAGGCCCCGUGGGAUCUCGCGGCGUUUCAGCUGAUGUCGUUUGCGGCGCAGUACUUCUUUGGCCUUCCCACGGAGUGGGCGCGCAAGACGAUCGUGGAUGGCCUGCAAUCGGAGCUGGACUUCACCCAGGAAGUUCGCAACGCCGCCGUCUUCCGCGAGAAUUUCGCCCACGACAAGCGUAUUUACAUCCCGAAGGUCUACGACCGCUUUACAACAUCCCGCUUAAUGGUUCUGGAAUGGGUGGACGCGACCAAGCUCCUGGAUAUCGAAGCCAUUCGGGCGCAGUUUUGUGAAAAGACGAUACUAAAGACGCUAUUCGAAUGUUUUAGUGAUAUGGUGUUCAAGUACAAGUUCGUGCAUAGCGACUCACACGCGGCGAACGUACUGGUGCGCCGGCUACCUUCCAAUGACAGCGAAGGCGAUCCCGACAUCGAGAAUUCGCGCGCGAAGCCUCAAGCACCAGGGAGGAAUCGGAAAGAUAUCCAAAUUGUUCUCCUGGACUUCGGCCUGUGCGUGCCCAUCUCAGAGCGGUUUCGGAUGCAGUAUGCACUUCUGCUUAAGAGUUUUAUUGCACAUGAUAUAGAGACAAUCCGUCACGUCGUAAGGGAAUGGGGUGUGAGCGAUGAGCGGGCGUUUCUCACAAUUCACAUGCAGAAGCCGCUGAAACUGAUUCAAAAAGGCCUUAAUGGUGAGGUAAGCAAGGAAGAGAUCGCUGCCAUACGACGGGCAGCACACGCACGAAUAAAGAGCCUCCUCACGGACGAUUCUCGGCUUCCGCACGAGUUGCCCCUCCUCGCCCGGGGUCUUGAUAUCUUGCGUGGUAAUAACCGCAUGUAUGGUUCCCCCAUUAACCAUCUCAAGGUAAUGGCUAGCGGCGCGUUGAAUUGUCUAGGGCCGAUUCAUGAUCAUGAGGGAGUGCAGCGUUAUUUACAGCGCGUUCAGCAACUCACCAUGGAGAGGUGCGUUAGUCAAGAGCAGCGAGAAAGUAGGGAAGGAGAAAUGUGGAUUGCGACAGGACAUGCUACGGUGGUCCAAACUUAUGGAAACGAACGCGAGGGCCAUGACCAUCGCCGCAAGAGAGGAUUCACCAGCGCGUAUGCGGAAGAAUUGCAGCAAUUGCGCUCCGCACAGUCGGUUGUGGUGCGUGAGCUGGAUGCAGGGCAAAAAGCCUCCCUCCGGCUAUACCUCACGACCAUGUCUGCAACGCUUUAUCAAUCAAUCAAGUUCUAUACUAUAUUACUCUACAUAGACUUUGUGCAUCAGGUAACGCAAUGGUACAACAGAUGCCUCGCCUCGGUUGCUCCCGUGCGAGCGGCGGAGCACCUAAAAAUGCCCACCCUGGAUGAGCUAUUUGACGACGUCAAGGCCAUAAGCUAG